UGUGAAGUGUUGAGUUGACUGAUCGAGGGAUUCGCGUUUAUGUUCUAAUUUUUUUGUUUUCGAUUAAUUUAAGUUAGUUUAAUAAAUGUUUUUAGCACAGUAGUAGUGUUAGGAUGACCAUGGAAAGGAGGAUAAAGCUAAAAACUCUUAACAGCCACAUAACUUGCAAGAUUUGCCGCGGAUACUUCAUAGAUGCUACCACAGUCACCGAAUGCUUACAUACGUUCUGCAAAAGCUGCCUAGUGAAACACUUGGAGGAGAACAACACAUGUCCAACAUGCGACAUCGUGAUUCACCAGUCGCACCCUCUGCAGUACAUCAGCUUCGACCGCACCAUGCAGGACAUUGUCUACAAGCUUGUACCAGACUUGCAAGAUAAUGAGCUAAAACGCGAACGCAGUUUCUACCGCGUGCGGAACCUGCCGUGCCCGAAGGAUGCCGCGUUGGCCCUGGGAGACAAGGGAGGCGCAGGCGAGGAGCCUGAGCAACCCGACAACACUGACAAUCAUAGGAAAGAUGAACAGGUCAAUGUGUGCCUGGAGUGUAUAUCAACAUCCCUCCGGACGCUGAAGCGAAGCUUCAUCCGCUGCUCUGCACAGGCCACCAUCACUCAUCUCAAGAAGUUUGUCGCCAAGAAGGUGCUCAACGACAUGCAGAAGUAUAGAGAAAUUGACAUCCUAUGUAAUGACGAGCUUCUCGGCAAGGACCACACGCUCAAGUUCGUAUACGUGACGCGCUGGCGGUUCCGCGACCCGCCGCUGCGGCUGCAGUACCGGCCCAAGAUCGACCUCUAGACUAACUGACAGGUGUACAGUGAUCCUAUAAAGAAAUAGGGAAAGAUAAUGGACUGACAUUAAUACCAACAUUUGUUCACUGAUUCAACCUUUAGUCCAUUUCAAAAAGCUACAGAUGUAGUAGGAAUGUGUCAUGCUAUUUCAGUCAGUCUCAGUACAAAGAGUACUCACACUGUCUGAACUAGCAUGACAAAUAGACUAGAUGAGCACAUCACAUCUACAUCUCGGAUAUGAUUAGGUACUGCCAUAAUGAUCACUGGAUGGAUACAUGCUUAUUAAAUAAUAAUAAAAAAAUUAAAAUACUAACGUUUCCGGAAAAAUACGAAGGAAAAGCUUUUCAUACCUGUAAGACAUUACAAGUGGAACUCUUGUCUUAGAAAUUAACUUUCGCUUGCGAUAUGUAGCUUUAUGAAAUGGGCCACAGGCCACAGGUCUUUUUAAUGAGGCGUUCGAACUGUGUGGAUGUUUGUGUAAUAUAAAUUUUGUGAAAAAACUUAUAGCACAGUCUCCCUGAUAAGAAUAUGAUUUCAAUAGUUCACAUUAUAGAUGUGUUAUAUUCUACAUCAAUACCAUUAUUGACACUGAAUACUAUUUGUGAACCAUACUGAAAAGUCAUAGUCCAGUCCACUAAUGUUCAUUGUGUUUAUUUUAGUACAUAAAUUGUAAAUGAUAAACACAGAAAGUCCAUCCAUGGUCAGUUAUAUAUUAUGUUGAUGUUAGUAUAGGCACCUAGUAGUGUUUUUAAAUAUGGAGGUGUCAGUUUGCAACUAAGGAUCAUGCUAAUACCAUACCUAUUUGUAAGUAGUUAUAGAAUUUGUACUUUGAAAAAUGCACUCACUUUGAAAUGUAUUUUUUAAAUGAUCAAUGUUCUAUGUGUUGUCUAUCAUAAUGAAUUUCAAAUUAAUAUAAAUAUGAUUAUUUUAUGAACAAAUUAACAAAUAUAGAUUAUUUGACUUUAUAAAUUGAUGCAAAAAAAUAAUUUUCACUAUUUAUUCAAUUUUAAAAUAUGCUAAUAAAAGUUGAUAUAGUUUUAAUUUAGUUACCCAUGAUACAGUUCGCGUCAAAGAAUAAUAAGAAUGGUUUUAGUACAUUUUAUUUUUAGCUAGAAUUCAUUGUAAUUUCGUGUAUUCGGACAAUAUGAAGUACGAUACAUGUUUUUAUUUUAGGUUGUUAUUAUGUUUUAGUUAAUUGUUAUGCAUUUAGUUUCUUCCUAAGGAUAGGGGUAUUUUCUCAUUUUAGCCGAUUAUUAAAAAAAAAAACACUUAUCCUGAAGAUUUUGGUUUAUUUUAUUUAUAAUUGACUGCAGAAAUUUUAGAUUAAUUCAAAUUCCUUUAGCAUAAUUAAGUAAAUGAUUUAUUUAAAAUGAGGAGCGAUUUUAUGUGAAUUAAUUGAAAUAUAUUUA